AUGCAAAUCGGCUCCUUGAGCUCUUCUUCCUGCGAUGAGCUCCGCUAUGGCUGGCGUGGGGUGGACUACGCAGGGUGUCAGGAUGUGACUGAGAAGGGAGAGCCUUGCCUCAGUUGGGACAAAUGGGCGGACUUGACCGACUUCCCGGAGCUCCAGGGGCACAGCUACUGCCGCAAUCCAGAGCUUGGGAGUGCCCACAAGAAGAAGAAGAACGAAGGUGAUGGUUUGCUGAACGGCAUCUGGUGCUUCACCAAUGGUGGACGCAAAGAGUUCUGCAACCCCAAGAUGCCGCAGAUCGACUGGACGGAUGUGGCCACCAUCUCGGUCACGCCAAAGAUGCUGUGGAACGAAGUCACGUUGGACUCCCCGGUCACCGGACGCUUUGUUCGCUUUACCUCGCCCACUGGGAACUGUCAGCUCACCGAGAUGCAGGUGAUCGGCCAGUUGGUGGCGCCGUCCGAGACGUGUCAAGUGGCGGUGCGUACGCACCUCCACGGCUCAAGGUCUGCACAUGAACUUGGGGCGCACUGCUUGGGGCCCGAGCUUCAUUGGAUGCUCGAAGCGUCCUUGGACACGUCCACGCCGGACACGCGGAGCGCGAUGCGCCCGGGGUCCGGACGGUUCGCCGAGUCCGGACGGUUCGUGGCGUUCGAGGCCUGGCGUGGAGGAAUUCAUCCCUUCGCGGAGUUCUUGCAAGUCGCGACGCCGCCAGCGCCCGAGGGAGGGCCCAAGUCCUCGGGGGGUGAAAGUGAGUCCUGGGGGGUGAAAGUGAAGAGACCCCAAAACUUGGCAGAUAGGAGGGUGAAGAAGGAUCGGAGGAUGAAUGUGGAUGAAGAUUUGUGGAUCGCCGGCGAUGCGAAUGCCACGGUGACCUUCUCUUUGAGCCAAACGCCCACGGUGACGGGCAUCAGCCCGAGCAACGGCACCGCACGGGGUGGGACGUGGGGAAGCCCAGCGAGGGUGACGAUCUCGGGUGAGAACUUUGGAGCUGCAUGGAUGGUGCCUGGGCGAAGACGGGUAGAUGCCCAUUCAGGUGUGGAGGAUGGUACAGCCAAUGGUACUGAAGUAGUUCUGGGCUCGGAAGAUUGGAAUUGCAACGAAGAUCCCCAAGCGGAGGUUGAUGGGAAGAAUGGGAUAAGCUUAGACGAACUAGACGAUGCUCCUGGGCCGGUCUUUUCGCCCCAAUUAGACCGCGCUCGCCCACUCUUCUCAGCCUCAAGCGCUUUCUCCGUGGCGCAGAGCCUGCGCCGCGGAGCGGCCGCGGAGGGGCGCCAUGCAGACGGUGAAAACAACUGGAACAUGUGCAUCCAACAGAUGGCCGAGGCCUUCCGGCUCAUCAGCGGCGAAUUCAGUGGCCAAUGGAGCGAGGAGCAGCGCCUCGUCCAGGAGACUCGCAUGGAGAAGAUGAAAGACCAGAUCUUCCAAGAGACGGGCGGCCGUGUGGGUCAAGAGUACAGCCCUCACACCCGCACCGCGAAGGUGAAGGACAUUUUCCAAGACCCGCAGUUUCCGCCGAGCAGCAAAUCCUGGUUCAAAGGCAACGAGGUGCCCGACUACAGCAGCUUGCAGAAGCCGGACAUGUGGCGACGCUUGCAGGAGAUGGUGAUGGAUGCUCCUUAUCCUUUUAGCCAGCCUGGUAUCGUGCCACGCGCUGGGCGGAUUUAUCAAGGGAUCCUGGAGGACUUCUACCUCAUUGCGGGGAUGCAGGCGGUAGCCAUGAAACCUUGGUUAAUCGGACAAAUCUUUGCGGACAUGAAGUUCUCUGACCCAUCCACAGGAGUCUACAUCUUGCGACUCUACAAACAUGGUCAAUGGCAUCACGUCGUGAUUGAUGAUGCCAUACCCUUCGACCGCGCCAUGAACCCAUUGACCGCCAGGACCGAGUUCUGGCCGAGUCUGCCGUGGCCGGCGCUGGUGGAGAAGGCCUACGCCAAGCUCCACGGCAGCUGGGAGAGCCUGGGCGGCGGCGGACACGUCGAGGAGGUGAUGACUGACCUCACCGGCGGAUGCUCCACGCGCUUCGGAACGGCGGACGUCGCGCAAGAUAGACUCUGGCAAUACAUGUACUUCCUGCAAGACAUGUGCCUGUUUGGUUGUAACAUCAACGACAAGGAAUGCUCCAAGAGGAGAAUACCCAUGGAGCAGCACUAUGCUUCGGCCAUCUUCCGGCUACAGAAGUAUGAAGGUGUGCCAUACGUGUGCGUGUGCAUGUCGGCGCCCAGCCUGGCGGUGGCCCGGAUGCCGAGCUGCAAAGUGCCCGUGGCUGAGGGCUAUGGCAUCGCCGAGGGCUUCGUCUGGUUGCGGAUCGACGACUUUGUGGAGCUCUUCGACACCAUCUACGAGUGCCGGCUGGUGAACUCCAUCUCGACGUUGGGGAACCUCUCGCCGGGCUGGAUCCCGGGUGAAGCCUUCUUCGAGGAGAUCUAUGCCUUUCAAGGUGAUGUCUAUACAGAGACCUCCCCGAGCUUCCUUAUGGAGAUCUUAGAGACGCCCAACGAACUGGUCCUGGAAGUGACCCAGACCGAUCUGCGCUACGGCGACAACCACGACACCCCGGAGCUGUCGCGGGCCAUGCAGGCGCCACUGCUCUUGCGCUUCUUCCAGUGCAGCAAGGAUGUGGAUGACAACGGAGGGGGAGAGAUCUACAUGGUCCACAUGUCUGCCUGGGGCCACACGCGUGAUGCCAGUUGCAGCGUCAAGGUGAUGAAGCCCGGGAAGUAUUUGGCCAUGGUGUCCAUCCCAGCCAAGUACACCUGCCAUCGGAUGAUCUUCCGCUGCUACUCCACGCGGCCCUUGGUGAUGAAGCCCAUCACGCAGCAUCGCUCCUGGAUCGCGGUGAAUCCCUCCAUGCCCUUGAAUGCCAUCCCCUACUCGCUUUGUGGCUUUCAGCGUGUGGACGCCCUGAGCGAAAAGUUGCCACAGAUGUUCGAUGAAGCUGAAGGUCGUGGAAAACCCAUGGCCAAUGCUCAGCUGCAGACGGACCUCUCUGGCUUUGCAGUGGGCCCAGGACCGGGACUUCCGGGUCUUGGGCUGCCUGGUUUACCUGACAUUGGACUACCAGGUCUACCGGGGAUGCCCAACAUGCCCGAUGUCAGGAUACGAAAUCCCUUGGCCGGCUUGGAGGACCUGUCAUUGGAUAUGCAAGGCUACACCUAUGCGCAGCAGAUGAACAACCCCGGGCACCUGAAGACGGUGGGCGCCUUUGGAGGGCAAGGCGCGGUGGCCAGCGUGUCCGCCGCAGAAGUGCAGGAUGCCAAUUGUUGCAUCACGUGA